AAUCAUGGACUAUACCUGAAAAAAUUAUUGAUUUGGAACCAGCUGAAGCAUCAAAAUUUCAGUAUAUUAUAGGUUGGACUAUCUAUAAACUAACAAAAAGUGACACAUCAAUAUUGGUGUAUAAAGAAUUUGCAAAGAUUAAAUCGUGUCUAGAUGCUCUCAGCUCUGAAGAUGUAGAAUAUGUAUAUAGCACUUAUUCAAAAACAACAACAGUUAUUACAGGAAACGAUUUUAUCCAAUUCAUGUAUUAUUUAGAGUCUCUUAUUCUUCAGCUAUUUGAAAAACAUAUCGAAUACGGACCUGAUAUUUUAAUUUACAUUAAUAAUAAUCUUGUAAAUAAUCAACCCUUGAAAAAACAGUUUAAUAACCUUUUGCAAGUAGCAUAUGAACUUCAUUAUAAAUCACUUCCAGAAUUCACAAAUGACCAUAUUCAAUUAUCAAAGGAGGCUGAGGAUUAUCUAUUGAAUGUCAAAGCAAUGAAUGCAGAUUUAAAAAGUGAUGCAAAAAAAGAUGAGAAAUCAAAAAUAAAGCUUGUUACGUUUAAGAAAGGGAUGCUACCAGAGGAUCUUGAUUUGGCACUUUGUCAGCUUAAGAUUUGGGCUCGAGAUAACAGAGCUAAGAGUCGAGCCAGUAAAAAUGAAAGGAAAAAAAAAACAGAUCUCAUAGAUUUGCUGUUUAAUCAUUUGCAAAAUGGCUCAGAAUUCAAUGAAGAGAUAAGAAAGAAAG